UUGAGUGCCACACACAAUUCCCCCAUUUGUUUGGCUCGUCUUGCUGUCCAUCACAUCUUUGCAAUCUAACAAUUCCCACUGGUUCCCUCCCUUUCUUCCAUUUCGACUUCCUAUUCCAUUUUUCCCCCAUUUUCUCUAAACCUUGGAAGCUCCAAAGAGAAGAAACCCAAACUCUCAUCUUGAUUUUUUUGCUUAAUUCCUUCACAUAAUUCUCCAGUUUAUUCAUGUUUAUUAUCAUCACCAACAACUAUGGUUUCUGUUAUCCCCACUUUUCAAUUGGGGCACUAAAGAUCUUCCUCUCAUUACCCAUACUAAAUGAUCAUUUUACAAUCUUCUACUUCCAGUUUUAGCUACCCUCUUCUUCCUCCACUCUGCUGUUGUAAAACCAACAUCUCUUUCCCACCCAGGAACAGGAAAGCUCGACUCAUCACUCUUUUCAUCCCUCGCAGGAAAUUAUGGCUUCUUGCUUGUGCAAUUCCCACUCCAGAUUCAAACAAGCUUAAUGUAAAAGUGGCUAAAAACCUGGUAGCCAAAGGGUUUUCAAAGGACUUCGUGGAUGGGGAGAGUCAAGAAUCUUCUAUCCCAAUGGGCUCGAAUUUCACUAAUUUCCAACAAGACCCCAUUGUUGACAAGUUAAGGACUCAGCUAGGUGUUAUCCAUCCAAUCCCUUCCCCACCAAUUAACCGAAACAUUGUUGGGUUGUUUGUGUUUUUCUUUUUUGUUGGGGUUGCUUUUGAUAAAAUCUGGACUUCAAGGAAAAAAAGAAGCAAAUCGGGGAGUCUCGAUGGGGAGGCUGUUAGAGUGGGAAGUGGGGUUUGGCCACAAGUUCCAACAAGCUUUUCAUCCUUCUUGGAAAAGGAUUUGCUAAGGAAAGAGUCAGUUGAGUGGGUUAAUAUGGUGUUGGGGAAGUUGUGGAAAGUUUAUAGAGGUGCGAUUGAGAAUUGGAUCAUUGGGUUAUUACAACCUGUUAUUGACAAUCUCAAGAAGCCUGAUUAUGUCCAGAGAGUGGAAAUUAAGCAGUUUUCUUUAGGGGAUGAGCCUUUGUCUGUUAGGAAUGUUGAGCGCAGGACUUCCCGGCGCGCCAACGAUUUGCAGUAUCAAAUAGGACUUCGUUAUACUGGUGGUGCUCGCAUGUUGUUAAUGUUGUCGUUAAAAUUUGGUAUUAUCCCAAUUGUCGUGCCUGUCGGUGUUCGAGAUUUUGAUAUUGAUGGAGAACUCUGGGUUAAAUUGCGAUUGAUACCAACGGAACCUUUCGUUGGAGCUGUUUCGUGGGCUUUUGUUUCUCUUCCGAAGAUCAAGUUUGAGUUAUCACCAUUUCGCUUGUUUAACUUGAUGGCAAUUCCAGUUCUUUCAAUGUUUUUGACAAAGCUUCUCACGGUGGAUUUGCCUCGACUCUUUGUACGCCCAAAGAAGAUUGUUUUGGAUUUCCAAAAAGGGAAAGCAGUUGGCCCUGUUCCAAAUGAUUCGAAACGUGAGGAAAUUCAAGAAGAGAAAAACAAGGAUUUUGUUGGAGAACUAUCUGUGACUCUUGUAGAUGCCAGGAAACUUUCUUAUGUAUUUUAUGGCAAAACAGAUCCAUACGUCGUUCUAAGCCUGGGGGACCAAGUUAUACGAAGUAAAAAGAACAGUCAAACUACUGUGAUUGGGCCUCCUGGUGAGCCAAUUUGGAAUCAGGAUUUUUAUUUACUUGUGGCAAACCCUGGAAAAGAAAAACUUCGCAUCCAAGUGAAGGACUCCCUUGGGUUCACUGAUUUCACAAUUGGUACAGGAGAGGUUGAUCUUGGGAGUCUUCAGGACACUGUUCCAACAGAUAAGAUUGUGGUCUUGCGAGGAGGUUGGGGAGUGUUCAGAAAGAGAUCUCGUGGAGAAAUAUUACUUAGAUUGACAUAUAAAGCUUAUGUCGAGGAUGAAGAAGAUGACACAACUGCAACAGAAUCCGUCAGUGCUGAUUUUUCAGACGACGAAUUGUCUGAUAUUGAUGAAUCAAAUGGGACAUACGAGCAGGGUAUAAAGCUAAAUACAGAUGAAACCAACAAAGAAUCAUUUAUGGAUGUUCUAGCAGCUUUGAUUGUGAGUGAAGAAUUUCAAGGGAUAGUGUCAUCUGAACCAUUGAGCAAAAACUUGGAUGACAUAUCAAGAACAGGACCUUCAAAAACAAGAUUAAAGGGUGUUAACACGGAAGCUGCACCGUCCGAUUCCGAUAAAGGAUCUGAACCGCCUGGAGGCUCAACCUUAUUAUGGUUUGCCGUGAUCACAAAUACAUUAGUGCUAAUUGCACUGAAUAUGGGUGCCUCAAGUUUCUUCAAUCCUUGAUGUCAAAUGAUGCGCUUAGCUGAAGUGUCGUUGCUUACGCUUGAUCAGGGGCAGGUAUUAGGCCAUCGUUUUACGAACCUAACAUUGGGUUCUGAAGGGAUACAGAGUUUUGAUUCCCGUACUGAAAAUACCAUUAUGUAGAUUCAUGAUUGUUAGCAGAAGAGUGUUCCAUGGCGGCACGAAAAUUUUUGGCUUCUAUUGUUAUUCAAUCCAAAAUAAAUGUCAUUUUACCUUUUAUAUC